GCGGCCCACGAGCGAAGUUGGUUCGGAGCGCGAAGACUUCAGCCUCUCUCUUCGAACAGAACGGUGCGCGUGGUUCCUCGAGCUAGUUCGGUCGCACGCGAGGAGUUUGCGCGUCGUACGAAAGCGCGAAUUGUGAGCGAUUGUGUAGAGUUUGUGAUUUCGGAAGAGGGGAGAGAUCUUUGUUCGGAUUUGUUUUGUUUUUUUGGUGGACGUGCUGCGGGAAAGGAGGCAAGGAAGACAUUCGUUGCCGUGGGAAAAUCGUUGCGGAGAGUAGGGGUGAGGACUACGAGCCACAAACUUUCCGUUCUUCGGAGAUGAGAGCACCCGUCGUGUCUGUGGUGCUGGUGACCGUGGCUGCUCUACUCAUCGUCUUUGCUCAAGGGGCCCGAAGCAUCCGGUUUGAGAGGGUCGACGUACCCGGCGCCGUGAUCAGCGGAGAGCCCGUCCUUCUGCUGUGCGAGUACAACCUCGAAGGGGCCGAGCUCUACUCUGUCAAGUGGUACAAGAACAACGUGGAGUUCUACCGGUACCUCCCCAGCGAUGCCCCGCCCGGGCAGAAGUACGACCUGGUCGGUCUCUACGUGAACCUGUCCAAAUCGAACCACAACCGGGUGUUCCUAGACCGGACGGAUUUGAACAGCGAGGGCAGCUACGGCUGCGAGGUGUCCACAGAGGGGCCGGAGUUUCGCACCAUUAUCUUCGAGAAGGACCUCAACAUUUACGUGCUGCCCGAGAGAGGUCCGGUGAUCGAAGGCGUUCACGCUCGUUACCAGUUGGGCGACAUCCUCAACGCCACCUGCAGGUCGAGGCCUUCGAAGCCCGCGCCUUUCCUGGACUGGUUCAUCAACGGAAAACCCGCGCCCCCUCACCAGGUGUCCCGACAGGGGCCGUACCGGCGGGCCAACGCGCUGCAGGCGUCGGUGUCCACGCUGCGCUUCCAGAUCACGGCCCGCCACCUGGCCCAGGGCUCCCUGAGGCUCCAGUGCGCCUCGUCCAUCAACAAGAACCACUCGCGGAGCAGCCAGGAGCUGCUCAUCGGCACCCAGAGGCAUCCAACCACCGAGAAGAGCUACGAAGAGGAGAACGCCCCGAGCGUGAGCGGAAUGAAGUCGUACUACUCGGUCGGCGAGCCCGUGGACCUCAACUGCAGUGCCGUCAUGACCACGGACGAGAUCGAACUCGAGUGGUUCAUCAACGAUGACGAGCAGGUUCCGGCGAGCUACGAGACCCGGUACCCGGUGAGCCGGCGCGCCUCGGACGGGCUCCGGGAGAUCGUGGUCCGGCUCCGGUUCGUGGUGCAGCCCAAGCACUACCACAACGACGAGCUCCGGCUCCGGUGCACCGCCACCUUCUCCAAGCUGCUCACGCUCAGCUCCGAGGAAACGGUCCUGGUCGCCUCCCAGCAGACCUCCGGCUUCCACAUAGCCUACAACAGGGGGCCGUCCGGAAGGAGAACGUGCAGGGGGGCCUCUCUCUUCUGGACUGCCGUGGAAGCGGCGUUUGUUUUCCUUCUGUUGCGUUAGUGUGUGCCAGUGUCAUCGUUUCCUCGUGCGCCUCGCGUGUGGUGAUGUCUGUCGAGCGCACCAAUCGGCACUCCUUGUGCGCUUCUUGGAUGGUGACGUCAGUCGAGUGCCGCCAAUCGGCAAUCCUGGUGCACCAUGGGGAUGGUGACGUCGGUCGGGCGCCGCCAAUCCCCGGCUCUCGUGAGUCCCGCGAAUGGUGACGUGAGUAGAGCGCGGCCAAUCAGCAAUCCUCGUGCUCCACGCGGAUGGUGGCGUCUGUCGGGCGCCGCCAAUCAGCAGUCAUGGUGUCCCUCACGGAUGGUGACUUCAAUCGAGCGUCGUCAAUCACCAGUCCUCGUGCACCUCGCAGAUUGUGACGUCUGACGGGUGCCGCCAAUGAGCAGUCGCUUCCCUGCACGGCCUGUUUAACGUACAGAAAGGGAGAAGAGAAGACACUAGUACAGCGUGCCACUGAGGAUGCUGUCCAAACUGCCUUCGCUAUAGCUCGGUCGACCUUUGGACUGACUGUUCAGUGCUGUUGCCAACGUCUUUGCCAGAACCAAGUGUGGCUUUGUGUCGAGAUAAUCUGGCCAUAAUUUCUAAAGCUAGGGUCACACGGCUUAUACAUCACACAAAAGACAGUUCGCAUACAGAUUCGAAUGCGGGUCACCGCGAGAUCUGUGCUUUGAAUGCCGCAUGGCAGAGUUCUAUAGGGAAACGUGGCACGGAGGCGUUUGAACCACAAAUAUUGCGGUGACUCGUGUUUCAAGACUGUCUUUUGUAUAAUAUAUGAUUAGUGUGACGCCGGCUUAAGGACUAGGAAAUAUAACCACGCGACCAUUUCAUAUGGUCCUGAAGAAAUCGUGAGUAGAUAAGCUGAAAAAAAAACUUCUUGGAAAAAAAAUGAAGAUCUCCCAGCGAUAAGGGUCUUUAUGAGGCCACCAUCAAUUCAAGAAUCAGGCAUCUUCAAAUGACAAACCGUCGGCAUUUAAGAAAGCAAGGUAAGUGCGUUUAUCUUUUAGGUUCAUAGAGGGAGUUUUACAAUUGACUCACCGGCGCUGACUAACGCGUAGUCAGAAGGUCCAAGAGGCGGAGCUAUUUGAGCUUUCGAAAUAUCAUUAUUGACGUCCUGAGGUUGUCCUGCGUUUUGAGACAGUAAAGACUGAAUCGCGUGUAAGCCAUUUAGCGAGCGACAAGGCGAGCGACGGAGAUUUCUCACUGUCGCUCCUGGCGUCGCUCGUUUUUUGGGGUUUCUAGAAAACGGCGGUCAUCGCAAGGGUCGCUUGCUCCCGUCGCUUUCAUGCGGUCUGCCUCGGCGCGCGAGUAGCUGAGCGACAGUGAAGCGGGUUGCUGUCGCUUGUCUCGUCUCUUGCGAAAUCGCUUACAUGCGGUUUAUACUUAACAGCACAGUUUUAGAUGUAAGGCAUCUGAAUUGGUUUUCGGUACAUAAGACACGCAUUUGGCGCAAAAUAGUUUGCCUACAAUACUCCCGAGCCUUAGGUGCUAAUGCCAGGCACGUAUCCGGAGGAGGGGAGCCGAUGAAGCCAACCCCCCCCCCCCCCCCC